GCUCCAGUGGUCUCCAGUACAGCCCAGUCUCUCGUUCUCCCACAGCUGUUGCCUUUUUAGGAGACACCUGAUCGCCACACAAAGAGCUGCUGAUAAGAGUGUGUUGGUCAGAUGAUGGUCAGCCUCUGUCACACACACACUGAUGGAGAAGUUCCAGGCGGCGAUGGUUCUGGGAGCGGUGGGAGACGCGCUGGGCUCCCGCUGGCAGACCUGCAGCUCGGGCUCUCAGAUCCAGCAGGAGCUCCGGGCCCUCGGGGGACUCGCGGCCCUUAAACUGGAUGCAGAACACUGGCCACUGAGUGACGGAGCCCUGAUGCACAUGACCACCGCUGAGGCCCUGAUCACUGAUUACUGGUGUCUGGAGGAUCUGUACCGUGAGCUGGUGCGGCUCUAUGUGGAGGCCAUGGUGAGUCUGCAGGGUCGAGUCCCGGAGCCCAGCACUGUGGAGGGCUGUGCAAACCUCAAACCACACAACUUCCUGCUGGCCUGGCACACACCCUUCAACGAGAAAGGUUCUGGUCACGGAGCCGCCACUAAAGCCAUGUGUAUAGGGAUGCGCUACUGGCAGCCGGAGCGGCUUCACACAUUGGUGGAAGUGAGCAUCGAGGCAGGCCGAAUGACCCACAACCACCCCAUAGGGUUUCUGGGCUCUCUCUGCACGGCUCUCUUCGCCUCGUUCGCAGUGCAGGGCCGUCCGCUGGUCAGCUGGGGUCGAGAGCUCCUGAAGACGCUCCCCAAAGCAGAGGAGUACUGCAGGAAGACCAUCCGCCACAUGGCAGAGUACCAGGAGACGUGGUUCUACUUCGAGGCCAAGUGGCAGUUUUAUCUGGAGGAGCGCGGGAUUGAAGACGGACAGAGCAAACCCUCCUUUCCUGAGAGAUACGACGCAGACGAGACGGACAGGAUGUAUAAGCGCUGGAGUUCUGAGGGCUGUGCGGGUCGGCGGGGUCACGACGCUCCAAUGAUCGCGUAUGAUGCUCUGCUGGCGGCCGGAUCCGACUGGGAGGAACUCUGCAGACGCGCUAUACUGCACGGAGGAGAGAGCAGUGCUACAGGUCUGAUCUCCGGCUGUCUGUUCGGGCUCCUCCAUGGCCUCAGUGCGGCCCCCACCGGCCUCCAUCAGGAUCUGGACAGGAGAGAGAAACUGCAGGACCUGGGAGAGCGACUGUACCGAGCAGCGGCGCUAGAGAAAGCACAGAGAGACGGACGGCGGAUCUCCAUCACUUCAACUCUGGAUCUGAAAUCUGUCAAACAGCUGAUCCUGGAUCGAUCUACACACCCGAAAAUCAGAGGAAUCCUGGAGGAUCUGCUGCUUUACCAAGCCGGAGAUCCUCCAAACCCUGUUUCAGCAUCUCAGGAGUCUCCGAGGGUCAGUCCACGGCUCAGCGCGUUCCAGCUGCUCAGAUCCAAGUUCCUGAAGAGUUCGCAGAAGCCCGGGGUCAGCCGCAGGAGAGAAGUGGGCUCUCUGAAUGUCAAGGAGCGCCAGAUUAAAGACACACACACGCUGAGAGCCAACGCAAGAGCUGGAAUGAAGAGAAAAGCCUCACGUGUUCAGGACAUGCUGGAGAAAUUUGCAGCACUGGAGAAAAAGGACAUGAAGAAACAGACGCAGCGGUGCAGCGGCGGAGACAGUGCGUUCAGCAGCAUCAUCAAGGCAUUCGAGACUUUAGUGACGGCACACAAACACAAUCCAUCAUGCCGGGUCAAGAAACACAGCAGAUCUAUUGAUACACAAGAUACACUCAAGAAACUCGGCGGAAAGACAACUGAUACACCAGGACUCACAAGCAAAGCAACCGAUUCACAAGAACUCAUGAACAAAUCAACUGAUUCACAAGAACUCAUGAACAAAUCAACUGAUUCACAAGAAGAACUCACAACAAAAUCAACUGAUUCACAAGAACCCAUGAACAAAUCAACUGAUUCACAAGUACUCACAAAUGAAUCAACUAAUUUACCAGUACUCAGAAAUAAAUUAACUGAUUCACAAGUACUCACUGUCAACUCAACUGAUUCACAAAGAGUUCUCACAAACAUAUCAACUGAUUCACCACAGGCAUUCAAAAGUAAAUCAGCUGAUUCACAAGUACUCACUGAUUCAAAUAAAAUACUCAGACAUAACAAAACAAAUUCAGAAGAAAUACUCAGGCAACACACCAAAACUGAUUCACUAAAAGCAUUCAAAACCAAAUCAAAUGAUUCACAUGAAGAACUCACAAGUAAAUCAACUGAUUCACAAGUACUCAUGCCCAAAUCAAAUGAUUCCCAAGUACUCAAAUGCAAAUCAAAUGAUUCACAAGUACUCACAAACAAAUCAAAUGAUUCACAUGAAGUACUCACAAGCAAAUCAAAUGAUUCACAAGAAGUACUCACAAGCAAAUCAAAUGAUUCACAUGAAGUACUCACAAGCAAAUCAAAUGAUUCACAUGAAGUACUCACAAGCAAAUCAAAUGAUUCACAAGAAGUACUCACAAGCAAAUCAAAUGAUUCACAUGAAGUACUCACAAGCAAAUCAAAUGAUUCACAAGAAUUACUGACAAGCAAAUCAAAAGAAUUACAAGUACUCACAACCAAAUCAAUUGAUUCACAUGAAGUAGUCAUAACCGAAUCAACUGAUUCAUAUGAAGUACUCACAAAUAAAUCAAUUGAUUCUCAUGAAGUACUCACAAACAAACCAAAUGAUUCACAUGAAGUACUCAUGACCAAAUCAACUAAUUCACAAGUACUCAAAAACAAAUUAACUGAUUCACAAGUACUCACAAACAAAUCAACUGAUUCACAUGAAGUACUCAUGACCGAAUCAACUGGUUCACAUGAAGUACUCACAAACAAAUCAACUGAUUCACGUGAAGUACUCAUGACCGAAUCAACUAAUCCACAAGUACUCAAAAACAAACCAACUGAUUCACCUACAGUAUUCAUGAUUGAAUCAACUGAUUUACAAGUACUCACAAACAAAUCGAAUGAUUCAGAAGUACUCAAGGGCAAAUCAAUUGUUUCACAUAAAGUACUAAUGGCCAAAUCAAUUGACUCACAUGCAGGACAGGACGAUUUUGGACAGCAGGACCUGAAUGAAGCCUUCAGUUCUGUUGUGUUGGAUUCAGAGCAACAAACAGAGGAACAUCCAACCAUGACCAUUCCUCCAUCAUCAGUCAGGCCUUCUGCUGAAGUCUGGACAUUAAUGAGCUCCACAAAGCCUCUGGUGCAGACAGGAGAUCAACAUGAAGAGUGGAAUGAUGAAGAAUCGAUUCCUCCUCAUGAGACAGACAGACAGCAGGAGCGUUUCUGCUCAGACGCCACCGCCAGCGCUGACCUCAGUUCUAGAGUUUCUGAUGGUCAGAAGAUGAAUGAGGAGAAAUCAGGAGAAACACAGAAGUACAGGAGCGUAAACUACAGCGAGCCUUCAGCGAGACUCACCUACAUCCCGAAAAUCAUCCGCUUCACCGACACCUUUAACUUCUGAACACACUGACACAUAAACACUGCAGUAUCAGUCCUGCUGUCAACAUUUACAUUCUUGUUCAAGUAUUGUUUGAGUUUUUCAACACAUUUUUAAAUAUAAUAGUUUUAAUAACUACUUUCUAAUAACAUUUUUAUUGCUGUCAAAAGAUUAAUUGUUAUUAAUUACAUCUAAAAUUAUGUGUGUGUGUGUGUAUAUAUAUAUAUAUAUAUAUAUAAAUCUUUUAGGUUUGGCAUUUUUUGUAUUAUACAUGUGUUUUAUUUAUAAAUAGACAAUAUUUAUACACAGUGAGUACAAACUAUAAUUUUGGAUGUGAUUAAUCAUUUGAGAGCAAUGCAUAUUUUAUCUGUGUCAUGAUGACAGUAGAUAAUAUUUGACUAGUUAUUCUGCAAGAUAUUACAAAGAGUUUCUCCAGAACAAUAUAAUAUAGGGUCCUUUGCACUGUUAAACAUCAUUUGGGAAAGAAUAAAAAGUUCACAUGAGGCCGAA